AUGGGCACAAAUAUUUAUGUAUUGGUUAAUAAAUUUUCUUCUUGGAAAAAAAUUAUAGACGGAUAUAAGGAAGAAAAUAAGAACACGUAUCAAUCUGAAUGCAAUAAAUCUGAUGAAAUUUUUUCACAUCUUGAUAAAUUUAAUGAUAAGGAAAUAUGCUACAAAUCUAUGUACUAUUUAAAUGAUAUACAAGGGAAAUAUCCUACUAAAAAUCAUGCAGGUUGCAUAUACUUGUAUUACUGGUUAUAUGAUAAUUGUAAGACAGAAUGUAAUAGCACAGAAAUAAAGAAUAUAUUUAAUAAAUUCAUAGAAAAAUAUGAAUCAACUGGGGAUCCAAUACAUACAGAUUAUAAAAAAAUUAAUAUUACAAAAGAUGAGUUUGAAAGGUUAAAGGAUAUAUAUAGCCUAAAUCCAAAUACUGACGAAGCUGGUACUAAAAAUGAUGAAGAAUAUUGCGAUAAAUUCAAAAGUAUAUAUGAGAAACACCAGAAAGAAUGUGAUUACAAUACUCAAUCACACUUUUGUAAUGCAUUAGAAG